AUGAUUGGCUCGACAGCCGCGAGCGACGUUCUCCUGCGGCUGCUGCUGCUGCUGAGCAGCGAAUCGCACUGCUCUAGCACUGUCUGCGCUUGUGAACCUGUCGGAGGACGAGGAGCCGGCGGCUCUGACGCACGCGGACGCGGUGCGGCUCGCAGCGCAGGUGGUCCUGGACGCGGACGUCGUCGCGCUGCACGCGGCGCUGCUGUCCAACCUGACGCGCUUCGCGCCGGGCGUGGACGAAGCGGAGGGCGCGGACGGGUUUCGGGAGAGGGGCACGCUACUCGUGCUCGUGGAGAGGGUACCGAGUAUUCCGAAUGUGCUGCGGCUGUCGAAUGCGUGCGCGAGCCAGGAGGGGAGGGACGUCCUGUUGGUCGAGGGAAGGCAGGCGGAGAGACAGCUGUUGACGAGGUUGCUGAGAUUGCUGGAGGCGGGGGAGGCAGAGAAGAGGCUGGCGGGGGCGAGCUGGGUGCGGAACUGCGCGAUGGCGGACGAGUGCCAUGA